UAUGGAUCUAAGCCACAGAGAGAAGAUUUUGGGUGUCCUCUGCUGUGUUUUGUUGUUUCUUGUACUGCUCUCCAACAAGCCACUUUUUUACUCAGCCAUGAACAACAGAUUUCAAGGAAAGCUCAAGAAUCAAAGCUCGGACGAGCUGACGUCAGCUCUGGCCAGCGCCUCCAUGCCCAACAAGACUGUGAUAAUAACGAUGGUGAACGCGGCAUGGAUGGAAUCUGGCGGGAUGUUCGACUUGUUUAUGAAGAGCUUUGAAGUUGGGGAGGGAACACGACCACUACUAAACAAUCUUCUGGUGGUUGCCCACGAUGAAAAGGCAUUCAACGCCUGUACACAAAUCCAUCCUCACUGCUAUCGAUUAAAGACUGCAGGAGUUGAUUUUUCAGGCGAAAGCUUCUUCAUGUCGGAGGAUUACUUGAAGAUGACGCGUUCUAAAAUCCUCUUCCUCACCAAUGUGUUACAGAAAGGCUACAGUUUUCUUUUUUCUGAUUCAGAUAUACUGUGGUUUAGAAAUCCAUUUGAAAGAUUUUCAAGAGAUACAGAUUUUCAGAUGUCAUGCGAUAGGUAUUCCGGGAACCCACUUGAUAUGAGAAACCAGGAAAAUACAGGAUUCAUGUUAGUCCGUUCAAACAAUAGGACUAUUCAGAUGAUGCAGGUGUGGCACAAUUCUACACUAAUGAGGCCCCACAUGCAUGACCAGGAUGUGUGGAAUGCUAUAAAGUUGUCUCGAAGUAUUAGUAAAAUAGGUCUGAGUGCACGCUUUGUUGAUACCAAGUAUUUCAGUGGAUUUUGCCAGUGUAGCAGAGAUUUGAGUGUGGUGUACACCAUGCAUGCAAAUUGUUGUAGAGGAUUGAAGGCCAAGAUCCAUGAUUUGAAAGAAGCUUUUGAAGAUUGGACCUCCUUUCAGUCUAGUGGAUUAAAUAGGACAAGUGUGCAUUGGAGAGCCCGAGAGGAAUGUAGACGUUCUUGGUUCAAGAAAUGACAUUA